AUGAGAGUCCGAGUUGAGAGGAGCAGCAUCGAGAGGUCGGGCAAGAGGUUGACCACUCCUUCCAUACUUGUAGAGUUCGAGCUCACAUCCCCCAAGAACCAAGGAAGUAUGUCACCAGAGAAGAGAGUGAGGAACCCGGGUUCUAGGCUCAUUGAGUCCUUGAGGAAAGCUCUUGAGGAAUAG